AUGGCCUCCUUUCUGGAAAAUGCGUACAGCUUGGUGCACCAGGACAAUGCUGCCGAUGUCCCCUCCCUCUCGGACCUGCGCACGCAGCUCGAGAAGGGCACCGACGAGAGCAAGGUCGAGUCCAUGAAGCGCAUUCUCACGAUCAUGCUCAAUGGCGAUCCCAUGCCCAACUUGCUCAUGCACAUCAUCCGAUUCGUCAUGCCCUCGAAGCACAAGGCCCUGAAGAAGCUUUUGUACUUUUACUACGAGAUUUGCCCCAAGCUCGACUCCAAUGGCAAGCUGAAGCAGGAAAUGAUCUUGGUCUGCAACGGUAUUAGAAACGAUUUGCAGCACCCUAACGAGUACAUCCGGGGAAACACUCUUCGCUUCUUGUGCAAGCUUAGAGAAGCCGAGCUCAUUGAGCCUCUCCUCUCCUCCGCCAGACAAUGUCUCGAGCACCGCCACGCCUACGUGCGCAAGAACGCCGUCUUCGCGGUUUCCUCCAUCUACACACACUCUGCCAGCCUGAUUCCCGAUGCCUCAGAUCUCAUUGCUACAUUCCUCGAGUCCGAGAACGAUCCUACAUGCAAGCGCAACGCUUUCGCUGCGCUCGCCUCUAUCGACCACGAGAAGGCAUUGCUCUACCUCAGCACGGUGUUUGAGGGUAUCCCGAACGCAGAAGAGCUGUUGCAGCUCGUUGAGCUCGAGUUCAUCCGCAAGGAUGCCGUCCAGAACUCUCAGAACAAGGCACGGUACCUCAGACUCAUUUUCGACCUUCUCGAAGCCAACACCUCGACCGUCGUAUACGAAGCCGCCUCCUCAUUAACCGCCCUCACAAACAAUCCCGUCGCUGUUAAGGCCGCGGCCGCCAAGUUCAUCGAGCUCAGCAUCAAGGAAGCCGAUAACAAUGUCAAGCUCAUUGUGCUUGACCGGGUUGAUCAACUACGGAAAAAGAACGAGGGUAUCUUGGACGACUUGGUUAUGGAAAUCCUCCGCGUUCUUUCCAGCCCCGAUAUCGAUGUCAGACGCAAGGCUCUGGAUAUUGCUCUCGAGAUGGUGUCCAGCAAGAAUGUUGAGGAGGUCGUCCUGCUGCUUAAGAAGGAGCUCUCCAAGACUGUCGACCAAGAGUACGAGAAGAACACCGAGUACCGCCAGCUCCUUAUCCACACCAUCCACCAAUGCGCCAUCAAGUUCUCAGAGGUUGCCGCUAGCGUCGUUGACCUGCUCAUGGACUUCAUUGCCGACUUUAAUAACACUUCAGCCGUCGAUGUCAUCAACUUCGUCAAGGAGGUCGUGGAGAAGUUCCCCAAGCUGCGCAAGCCGAUCGUUCAGAGGCUGGUUGCUACCCUCAGCGAGGUGCGUGCCGGAAAGGUGUACAGAGGCAUCAUGUGGAUUAUAGGAGAAUACUCCCUGGAGGAGCGAGACAUCCGGGAUGCAUGGAAGAGCAUCCGUGCCAGCCUCGGCGAGAUCCCGAUCCUCGCUUCGGAACAACGACUCCUGGACGGCGAUAGCGAGGAGGAGAACAAGGAGCAGGUCAACGGCCACUCGAAGCCUGCAGCGCCGACCGGCUCGCGCAAGGUUCUUGCCGACGGAACCUACGCCACCGAAACCGCCCUUACCAGCCAGUCUGCUGUUGCCGCCAAGCUGGAGGCUGUCAAGGCUGCCCAGAAGCCUCCUCUGCGCCAGCUCAUUCUCGAUGGCGACUACUACCUCGCGACCGUUCUCUCAGCCACCCUCGUCAAGCUGGUCAUGCGCCACGCCGAAAUAUCUGCCGAGUCAGCGCGCACCAACGCGCUUCGCGGCGAGGCCAUGCUUAUCAUGAUCUCCAUCAUCCGCGUCGGCCAGUCGCAAUUCGUCAAGGCUCCCAUUGACGAGGACUCGGUGGAUCGUAUCAUGUCUUGCGUGCGCUCGCUCGCCGAGUUUGCUCAGAACAAGGAGCUCGAGACCGUGUACCUCGACGACACCCGCAGGGCGUUCAGAGCGAUGGUCCAGGCUGAGGAGAAGAAGAAGGCCGCCAAGGAGGCCGUGGAGAAGGCCAAGACAGCCAUCCAGGUUGACGACGUCGUUCAGAUUCGUCAGCUUUCCAAGAAGAACGCCAGCGAUGGCCUUGACGAGAUCGAGGUUGAUCUGGAGCGGGCAACAGGUGGAGAGGCCACCGCUGAGGAUCUCUCAUCUAAGCUCAGUCGUGUGGUGCAGCUCACUGGUUUCUCCGACCCCGUCUACGCUGAGGCCUACGUCAAGGUGCACCAGUUCGAUAUCGUCCUUGACGUUCUUCUGGUCAACCAGACCAUGGAGACGUUGCAGAACCUUUCUGUCGAGUUUGCCACUCUCGGUGACCUGAAGGUCGUCGAGCGGCCGACAACACAAAACUUGGGUCCUCACGAUUUCCACAACGUCCAGUGCACGAUCAAGGUGUCCUCCACAGACACUGGCGUCAUCUUUGGCAACGUCGUCUACGAUGGCGCCCACUCGACGGAUACGAAUGUCGUCAUCCUCAACGACCUCCACGUGGACAUUAUGGACUACAUCCAGCCGGCAACAUGUACCGAGACACAGUUCCGCACGAUGUGGACCGAGUUUGAGUGGGAGAAUAAGGUCAACAUCAACUCCAAGGCCAAGUCCCUGCGCGAUUUCCUCGAGCAGCUGAUGGCGGCGACCAACAUGAACUGCCUGACCCCCGAGGCCAGCAUGAAGGGCGACUGCCAGUUCUUGAGCGCCAACCUGUACGCUCGCAGUGUAUUCGGCGAGGAUGCUUUGGCCAACUUGAGUAUCGAAAAGGAAGGCGAGGACGGACCCAUCACCGGUUUCGUCAGAAUAAGAAGCAGAUCGCAGGGUCUGGCUCUGAGCUUGGGAUCCCUCAAGGGUCUCAACAAGAUUGGCUCAGCGGCAUAA